ACGGCGGUUAUGCCAGUCUUGGGGCGCAAGUCGGAAGUGCCGGUAGUGUCAGUGUUAAGAGGGAUUAUACUUAGGAUUAUUUUAAAAUAAGACAAAAUGGCGGGCCUACUUCCUCUCGUCAUAGCCUCCCUCGCCAUGUGUUCGGCCGACAACCCCCUCUCAGGGCUGAAGCAAGCCCUCCCCUCAGUCCCCACCCCCUCAGUGCCAUCCGUCGGUGAUGCGGUCAAAGUACGCGACGCAGUGACAGGGAACGUUUCGGACGCGGCCGGCAGCUUCGGAAGGGAGGUGCAGAAAGAGAUAGCUGCAGUUAAACAGCCUAUUGAUGAAACUAUUGCCUUCAUCGGGUCUAGCCAAUGUACAAAUGUGAAGAAGAUCUUCGGAGUAGCGUACGAGAGCUACGAGGGGGAUGACGAGCCCCAACUAGACCGACUGACUCUGGAGUACAGGGAUCCUGGCAUCCGCACGAUAUACAACAUCAGCAGCGCAGCGGAGCGCAUACCUGAGGCACGAGAAUUCAACCCUGCACAGAAACUGUAUAUUUUCAUCCAUGGAUUCACUGAUGACCCCAGCAAAGGAAGCUAUAGUGCUAUCAGUGAAGCGUUGCUGAGCCAAGGAGAAUCCAACGUUCUGGCCCUGGACGCCAGCGCUCUGAUCAAGUGGUUGUACCUGCGCUCGUCCACCUACGUGCGGUUUAUAGGAGAGAGGCUGGGAGAAGUGCUCGCCGCUAUGGUUAACAAGGGCCACAACCCCGCCGGUAUCCACAUCAUCGGGCACAGCCUCGGCGCCCACAUCUCCGGCUUCACCGGCAAGACCUUCGCCAACCUAACCGGCCACAAGGUGGGCCGGAUAACCGGGCUCGACCCGGCCGGGCCGUGCUUCAGCCACGUGGAACCCGAGUUGAGGCUCAAGGCUACGGAUGCCGAGUAUGUGGAUGUAAUACAUACGGACGCGGGGGUUUAUGGAUUGAAGGAUCCUGUUGGUCAAGUGGACUACUUCCCCAACAGCGGCUCGCAGCAGCCCAACUGUUUAUUCCAGACGUGUAGCCACAGCCGCGCGUGGGUGUACUUCGCGGAGUCAGUGAAGACCCCUGACGCGUUCCCCGCGCGGAGGUGCAAGGAUUAUGACGCUUUCAAGAAAGGCCAGUGCGACAGUGAUAUCAGCCCUAUGGGUUUCGCCUCGAAGCCCGGCACGACCGGCCGCUACUUCCUGCAGACCGGCGAAGACAGCCCGUACGGGCUCGGCCAGAAGGGCUUGACGUGGAAAAACAACGAGGGCAUCGUGAGGAACAUUGGCGCCAAAGUUUCCACCCUGUUCGGUUAAAUGAAGUCCAAUGUUCCUCCCAACCCAGCACGUCCGGCAACUACUACCUGCAGACCGGCGAAGACACGUACAGGGCUUGACGUGGAAAAACAACGAGGGUAUCGUGAAGAACAUUGGCGCCAAAGUGUCCAACUUUUUCGGUUAAAUGAAGUCCAAUUUUCCUCCCAACCCAACACGACACGACCGGCAACUACUACCGGCAGACCGGCGAAGACACGUAGGGCUUGACGUGGAAAAACAAUGAGGGGAUUGUGAGGAACAUUGGCGCCAAAGUUUCCACCCUGUUCGGUUAAAUGAAGUCCAAUGUUCCUCCCAACCCAGCACGACCGGCAACUACUACCGGCAGACCGCCGAAGACACGUACAGGGCUUGACGUGGAAAAACAACGAGGGGAUUGUGAGGAACAUUGGCGCCAAAGUGUCCAACCUGUUCGGUUAAAUGUUAGACGAUAGGAUAAAAUACCUAGUACAGUAUGUGCCCUAACAUUAAGUAUCCACUUUUCUAAACAACUAGUAUGGCGACGUGAGUCAGGUACUUAGGUGAGGGUACUUAAGUUGGGGCACUUACUGUAUGAUUCAUAUCUAUGGGGAAGACAAACAAAUUAUAGCCAGCAUUCAAUGAACGUAGUAUGACUUCCUUCUUUCAUUGGCUCUUUGCGUCAGGGGGAGGGGAUGGGACGCUAGUGUGCGUAAAGCACCAUACCCAAAGGUAUUGUGGCGCCACUGUGCCAGCGCCGCACCUUUUUCUUAUCUGUGCUCUCGACUCGACCACUGACGUAAACGCACGACGCCAUUACAUAUUUGUGCGAGAGAUUAAAAGCUGUAUCUUCCAAGAAAUACACGAUCGAUUCUG